UAGCAUGUCAAUAUGGACGUGUCGAAUGUGAAUUUAAUGCAACAUGUACUAAACAAGAUGAAUGUCAAUGUAUAUUCAAUUGUAACGAUGAUGGAGAGCCAGUUCAAGAUGAGAGAACCGGAAUCAUGUAUCCUAAUCAAUGUCGAUUAGAUCAAGCUCAAUGCCAUUCUUAUUAUCAACAAGGAUUUUCGAGAAAAGAAGACUCGACAUGUACAUCAAUAUGCUCCCAUGGGUCUGUAUGUCGAAUAGAUGUGAGUGGUUUGUCUAGUUGCGAUUGUCCGGACAAUUGCAAUGAAUAUGUUCAUACAAUACCAUCAGAAGGAUAUGUUUGUGGUAGUGACAAUCAAACUUAUGAAUCAUUAUGUAAAUUAAAUAAAAAAGCAUGUCAAACACAACAAAAUUUGACUGUUGCAUAUCUUGGUGAAUGUCAAGGUUGUCAUCAUUCAAAUUGUCCUAAAAAUGUUAAUGAAUGUAAUCCUCAUAUACAAUGUUUAUCUGAUUAUCAUCUUUUAUGUGCAAGUAAUCUUAAAGAAUAUUAUAAUGAAUGUGAAAUGAAUAAAUAUGCAUGUCAAUCAAAUAUACAUUUAACAAAAUUGUAUGAUGGUCCAUGUAAUUUUUCUGAACAACAUCAACAAACUGAAGCCUGCAAGGCUCUUAGUUGUUUGAAUGGAAAGACAUGUAUCGUUGAAGAUGGUAUUGGUGUGUGUCGAUGUCUAUUUAAUUGUCCAUCAGAAGAAAAUAAAAUAUGUGGAUCAAAUGGUAUUUUCUAUCAUAAUUUAUGUGAAAUGGAACGUGAUCGUUGUAUUAAAGAAGAAAAUAUUAUACUAAUUGUUAAUUCAUAUUGUAUGCCAAUGUGUGAUACAUUUCAAUGUCCAUAUGGUCAAUGUAAACAACAAUCUAAUGGUCAAGUAGAAUGUGAAUGUCAAUCAUGUUCAGAAAUAUAUUCUUAUCAAGAUAUAAUAUGUGGUAGUAAUGGUAUUACUUAUUCAUCACAAUGUCAUCUUGAAUAUGAUGCUUGUAUUGGACGUUUAAAUGUAAAACCAAUUCAUAUGGGACAAUGUAAUAAUUGUCAUAAUGUUACAUGUCCAUUUAACGGACAAUGUCGAUCUGAACAAGGAAAUUAUACUUGUGUUUGCCCGUCAAGAAAUAUUUGUCCACCUGUUCAAGUAUGUUUUUUUUUCUCAUGUUAUAUGACAUGA